AUGUUCUUCUCUCGCGCUCUCAUUCUUGCCGUCGCCGCCGUGGCCUCUGUCUCUGCCCGCCCCGCCUCGAAGGUGGAGUCGCGUGACAUCUUCGACUCUGGUAAGGCCACCUGGUACUCCGCUGGUGUCAGCGAGGGUAACUGUGGCUGGUGGAGCACCAACGCCGACCACAUUGUCGCCCUCAACGCUCACCAGUACGGUAGCACCGACUCGGUCAGCGAGCACUGCGGUCGCCUGAUCCGCAUUGUCAACAAGCACAACAAGAAGGUCCUCCACGCCGUUGUUGCUGACUCGUGCCCCGAGUGCGCCUUUGGCUCGCUUGACCUCUCCAAGGGUCUCUUCGCCGACCUGAACGACGGCGACAUGGACAUGGGCGAGUUCCCCAUCGAGUGGAGCUUCAUCAACUAA